AUGGCCGACUCAGACUCCGAUCAGGCGGGUAUACCGCUCAUAGAAGAUCUCUCAGACUCUCCAGAGCCCCAACCCUCCAAGUCCAGCAAGCGAAAGCGCGACGCGGACGAUGCCGACAUCGACAGCAAGAAAGCAGCCAGAAAGGCGAGACGGAAACUCAAGAAGCCGAAAGAUGUCGACGAUGAUACCCUGGACAGCGUGCUCGGAAUCAGCAAGGCCAUUGGAUACAUGGAUAGCAGUCUGAUGGCAGAUCAUAUCGCUCAGAGAACCAAGAGAUUCCAACCAGAUCUGAGCUUCGUUGAGGCAGAGGACUGGCGAAUACCUGAGAGUGCGAUAACAGAUACCACAUCCUUUUCUCAGGAUCGAGUGACAGAUUCGCUACCCACUUUCCUCGAACAAUUCGCCGGCGCAAGACGCAAAAAGCAGGGAAAGAAGCUCGAGAAUGCUCCCAACGAGAAAGGCGCUCCCCAUACUAUCGUCGUGGCAGGCGCAGGCUUGCGGGCAGCAGAUUUGACACGCGCAUUACGAAAGUUCCAAACCAAAGAAGCCAUGGUGGCGAAGCUCUUCGCCAAACAUAUUAAGCUCAAAGAGGCUGUAGAAACCUGCAAGAAGACGAGAAUGAACAUCGGAGUCGGCACUCCGCAGCGAAUCAUGGACUUGCUGGAUGAUGGCGCACUUUCGACGAAACAUUUGGAGCGAAUCGUGGUUGACGCGAGUCACAUCGACCAAAAGAAGAGGGGAGUGCUUGAUAUGAAGGAGCUGCAGGUACCUCUUGUCAAGCUGCUGACUCGCGAGGAUCUCAAGGAACGGUAUGGAAGUGGCGAGGGCAAAUUAGAACUGAUGUUCUACUGA